UGUGUUUUCGGCGUAGCGGCGGUGGGAGUUUCUAGUUGCGGUCGAUGUCUGCGGACUCAGCGGUCUCUGAGGGGGGGGAAGGAGACUCUGCUUUACUGACGUUAUCUGGAAUACAACUAAGCUACAAGUCACUGUCAAAGUAACCGAGAGGAGCCUUCGGGGGAAGAUGGUGGACCGGCUAGCGAACAGCGAGGCGAACUCUAAACGCAUCGGGGUGGUCGAGGGCUGCUUCGGCACGGCCGGCCAGCCGCUCGUCAUCCCGGGCCGCGUGCUGAUCGGCGAGGGCGUGCUCACCAAACUCUGCCGCAAGAAACCCAAGGCGCGUCAGUUCUUCCUCUUCAACGACAUCCUGGUGUACGGCAACAUCGUGAUCCAGAAGAAGAAGUACAACAAGCAGCACAUCAUCCCGUUGGAGAGCGUCACCAUCGACACGGUGCCCGACGAGGGAGACCUGCGGAACGGCUGGAUCAUCAAAACGCCCACCAAGUCCUUCGCCGUUUACGCCGCCACCGCCACCGAGAAGUCCGAGUGGAUGAACCACAUCGGGAAGUGCGUGGUGGAUCUGCUGCAGAAGAGUGGGAAGGCGCCGACGGGCGAGCACGCGGCCGUCUGGAUUCCCGACUCGGAGGCCACGGUGUGCAUGCGCUGCCAGAAGGUUAAAUUCACGCCCGUGAGUCGCCGCCAUCACUGCAGGAAAUGCGGCUACGUGGUUUGCGGCCCGUGCUCCGAUAAGAAGUACCUGCUGCCCAGCCAGUCCUCCAAACCCGUGCGAGUGUGUGAGUUCUGCUUCGGGCAGCUGACGGCGGGAGGCCUGGCGCCGAGAGCGGACUCCAUCAGCCGGCUGGGGUCAAAGUUCAACAACAUGUCGGACGACGAUGACGACGACGACAGCAGCGACUGAGGAAAUAAAACGUCCGUCUGAGGAUCGUCCAUUCAAACCAAAAUAUUUUAUUGCUUUUCCCCUCUGAUUCCAGCAAGGAUGAAUACUGAACAGUGAUUUAAUGAAAUGUGGAAUUAUUCGGGGGAAAGUCUGACUUUUCUUCUCUUCCACUUAUGACUCUUAAUUAGUCACUACAGAAAACAGUGGAGGCCUUUUGCAUUAACUUCAUCCAGGGGGGCGGGGCUUAUUUCUUCCCACUCUCUUUUUAACCGUACGUCCAUGAACACAGAUGAUAUCUCUGCGGGGAGAAAAGUCUGUUCGCCCCUCUCUUCACCAAACAGGGCUGUUUUCUAAGUUUUUUAUUAACAAAAAUGUAGAUAUCACGCUAAACAAGCUUUUUCUAGUCGACCUAAAUGUCGUUCCUGAGAAAUAUUGUCUUCCAUUUAGAGCAGGGAUUAUUCCUUUCCUAAACUCCUUCCUGUUGGGGCUUCCUGACCUUUAGCUCCUCUGCUCCUGAGAGAGGCUUGGUGUUUUUCUGGGGCUCCUUUUUUUUUAAUCAAUUACACAUUGUAGAUAUCACGCUAAAAGAGCUUGUGAUUAAACAAUGACAAAAGUCUGACUUUUCGGCUCACUUGAUUGGUCACCAUAGUGCUGAUGAAGCAUCCCUCCUCUUCCUCUCAUGUUAAUCCAUCUUGUUUUAAUUGUACGUCCAUUACCUCCUGCAGGGAAAAGCUACAUGGUUUUGUUCUCUGUCCUUUUCUCUCGGGCUGUUUUUUCUAAUAUAAAUGUGUUUUUCUGCUAUUUUGUGAACCCUAUUUUUAUCAGUCACAAACUAAAUCCUACUCUAAUCCCAAAGCUUUUUCUAGUCGACCUAAAUGUAGUUGCUUCUGACAAAUCAUCUCGUCUAACACUUUAGUGAGUUUCCUCUCAGCGGUCUUUGAAAAGGAUCUCUGCCUUCGCCCUCACGUAGUGCCUUGCAGGGAAUGGAGGAAAUCAGUCGAAUGAAGCAACGCUGCUCAAAGACCAGAGACUCGAUGACACCCUGACUCUGAAACGCAUCACGGAGUUAUCAAUGUGUGUGUGUGUGUGUGUGUGUGUGUUUGCAGCACACACAGAGCAGGUCACACACACCAGCCGACAACGGGAAGAGUUACAUUUUGAUUUUUCCUCGAAAGUUUUGUUUUCUGCCGGACAAAGACUCUUGAAACAUCCAUCGAUCACAGACUCCCAAAUUAAAAUAUGAUUUAAAUCCAGGCUUUGAUUUUGAGGCAUCUAACGACCUGUAAUCUGGAGGUUCUUUAGGCAUUUUAUGUACAUUUAACAACCUGUAAUGUCGAUUUGUUUUUGUUCACAACCUGAGCGUGUUUCCUGCUUUGUGUCUUAAGGACCAGAAGAGUCUUUGAAAAGGAUCAAUGUUUGUUGGCAGGCUGUGCACGGAUAUAACUGCAGCUGUAGCGGUCGGUACUGAAACUGUAGCCUCAUUAUGAUUUAUUUUACAUUUAUUAAAGCACACAAAUCUUCCUUUAAAAGAAAUGCAAUACAACCCUGAUCAGUGGAAGGUAAAUAAGUUGGAGUUAUUAAACGUUGAUGUGUAUUUAAUUUGAUGUUUCACAGUGCGGAGCGACGACGGCGUAUUAAAGUCACUGUAGGUCUAAUCAACUUUAUUCUCGUUUGUUAGCUUCAAUUUGUGAGUUUUUUUCUCCUCAAUCUAAAAUUAAAAUGUCUGAAAAUAUCAAAGCUUUUUAUCCUAGAAACAAACAAUGUUUGUUGAGAUGAUUCCUUUGAAUAACCCCGCCCUUCCACCGUUUUGUUUACAAUUUCAAUAUUAAAUAUCAGAUUUGUUACGAGUUAAACCCCUCCCUCAUUUAAUGUAUUAAUGUAAUUUCUCAAAAUACCUGAUAACCUUUUGAGGAAAUUCAAGUUUCAAUUUUUUUUUAAUCUCAGAAAAUCUCAAAAUUCAAGAAGAAAAUCUAGUUUCUGACUCAAAAUAUAUGCAGUAUUUUCCUCUUAAAUUCACUGCUUCAAUGACGGAUUAAGUCGCUUUUUGUGUGUAAAUUGACCUUUUUAAUCUCAGACAAAACGCUAUUUUAUAACGUGUAAAAUGAAGACGUUAAUCUUGAGGUGCUCUUUACUUAUUUACAUAUUUAUUUUUACAAAAAGUGAAAAAUAAUGAAUUAUUUUUGAGGGAAAUAUUACUUUUUUUUUAUAAAUUUGAGUUUUUUUAUCACAUUAAUUUACCAUUUAAUUCUCUAAUAUCAAAUAUUUCUACUUUCAUAUUUUCCUCUGCUUUGUUAUAAUUAUUUUAAUAUGUUGUUGGACCUACAUUGACCCUGAUACGCCGCCGUUCUGUUUUGAAUCACUUCGAUAAUCAGGAAGUGUUCGCCCUGCUUGUGUUUCCUGAUCACAUGAUCUGCUGUUGCGUCAUAUGGUCAUGACUCGACACAUGGCCGUCCCCUGCUCCUGCAGCACUGAUCAUGUGACCUGUGUCAUGUGACCUCAGUUCUGAGAUCAGGCUCUCAAAUUCUGUACAAAAUCAGUCUUUUUUUACUUUAUUGUACAAGAUUAAUUUACAAACCUUUUUAAAAAGAUUAAUUCAGCAGUCAAAAGUAAACUUGAAUUUAAAGUUAAUAAUAAAUCAGAUUAAUAUUUGUGAUAUUAAUCUAUGUUCUCUCCAGCAAUAUACAUUGCUCUCUGUCUCAGUUUCUAGUUUCUAAACAGCGUCCAGGAGUUCAGUCGAAUUGGGUCGAACAGGAUCCUGUUGUAUUUCUUUAAAUCCCAAGUAACCGAAUAGUUUGCAGGUUAAUCCAUGACCCCCACAUUAUCUCCCAGACUGCAGGACAUGUUUCGGAGCCUCUUCCCUGGAGACACAACAGAGGUUUGUUUACAUCGAAACAAGCACAGAAAUGUCUCCGUAUGCAAACGCCUCGGGAGCAGAAAGGGAUUCUCUUUGUCGUUAGACUUCUAGAGAUGUAAUGUCUGUGUUGCUGCAGUCAUUUGAUGAUCCACUAACCAGCUGUGCUUUCUGUGCACUAAACACGGUAACAUCGACUUUGAUCCAGGAUGAGUUUUUAAUGAAUAAACCGUCACACUGCAGAGCUGUUUUUCUAUGGUGCGUUUGUACCGUUUGUACAGAUUAACUCCUGCUUCCUGCUCCUGUCCGUCUCGUCUCUGCAGCUUUCACACUUUUCUCCGGGUUAUUUGUCUUUGAAAUGUCACGAGAUCCUGGUUACUGUAAAACCUGAUUUCCCAGGUAGAUUUCUUCUGUAGAAAUCACAGGUGAUCUGAUUUGUACAGGUAUGCUUGUGCGGGAGAAACAAACGGAAAUACUUUUUUUAAAGAGUUGUUUUUUACGAUGCAUUUCACACUUUAAAAAGUACAGAAUUAAAAUCCCACGAUUGUUACCACUGUUUGAAAUAAAACAAUUUAUCCUGUGUA